AACAAGAAAAACAUUGUAAAUUUGAAGAUUUUGUGUCUAAGUUAACAUUUUGUGACCUCAGUAUUGCCAAAAUCCUUGAAAUAUGAUUAAAAAUAUUCCAGCACCAUCUAAAAUAUAACUUCAGUGAAAAAUCAUGUGAGAAAGUCCUAGCAUUAUUCCCCAAAGUACUAGCUGCAUAAAAUUAGACAAAACAUGAUCCCGAAGUACCUUGCACAAAGGGAGUCAUUGUUCUUGUGCAGGAAGCCUCGUGACUGCACUCGUAAGGGACAUCUUGAAAUGUAAUCUCUUUAAACAAUGUGACUGUACACGUCCAACUAUCCCAUUCACUUUACUUCAAAUAUAAUAGGCUAUUAUAUUACAUACGCUGAGACAGCCAUAGCAGCAAACACACCUUUACAACACAGCACUCUGCGGAACAGAAAUCAGCCCUCUUGUAUAUAAUGGAUCAAAGCUUCAGAAGAGCUAGUGUGCUGCAGAGAGAUCUCAAAGUGUUGAACCAAAAGGAGGACAGGGAUCUCCAGCAUAAACUGAACAUGUUGGACAAACAGUACCGGUACACUCGCAAGUUGCUUCAACAAAGAAGAGAGUUGCUGAUAAAUAAACAGAGAAGGGUAGUGAUGGUAAAAGUGGUUGAGCCUAAAGCGACAGUCAGCAUCGCUAUGAAAGAAAUCGAAGAACACAAAUUUCAAACAUCUGAUGGCAGACGAUCGUACUCCAGCACAUCCCAGUAUCCCAACAAAGGACGUGAACCGGAGGAGCAGAGUCGCUCGACAUCAGUGCCGCCUCAGUCAGUCAAACCCACGAGCCCAGUGAGACGCAGGGGAUACAUCCAGAGCAGCGUGUCUCUCAUGCAGAUGAAAAACAUCGCAACUAUUGACUCAAUAUCCGAAAAGGAGCUGGCCAGGCAACAGCAGAAAGCCCAAGAGGAAAUGGAGAGGCUGAGACAGUUUCAGAAGGAAACUUUACACAAGAGGGUGGCGGCGUUUAUAGAAAUGCUCAAGGACAAAGGCAACAUGGAAAUACAUGUGAAACCUCCGUAGAGGAACUCAGAAUUUGAGUCUAUUUACAGUUUCAUACCUCUACAUUUGCAACAUCAAGAAGAGAAAAAAAAGGUAUAACUACUGUAGCAGCGUUUUAUUAUAAACAAUGAGAAUGUACAUACUUUGUUUAAUAAAAAUGUAGAAAAGUUUAAUUAUAUAUUUUGGAAAUAAAUUACACAAUAUCCCCCAUCUUCUUCAUUGUUAUCAAAGCUUUAUGCACAGGAGUCUCCAUGAGAAGGCUGCUGUUUUUCUUCCACUCUGGAGAAUCAGGAAGCCCCUUGUCUGCAGAAAAACAAACAAAACGCAAAUAUAACAAGGAAAUGUAAGUUCAUAAAACGGACGAGCACAUUUGUUAGAAGUAUCUACCUUUUGAAUAUGUAGUUUGAUUAUUCCUGUACCGACACAUUUUAAUGUAUUUUAUACAUGCCUUCCGUCCGGCUCAGCAAAUCAAUUUAU